ACGAUGUCGAGCCCCGAGGAAAUAUUACGAAAAUCUCUGGACGAUAUUCUUAAAGACAAAAAUUAUAAAGAUCCAAAAAUAAGUAUAAAACCAAUAUCUACCGGUGGUGCCAAUUACACGUCAGUGCUAUUUCUUAUAACAGUCUCAGAGCCCGACAAUGAAGACCUGAAACUGUUUGCCAAAGUUGGUAUCGUUGGUGAAAAAAUGCGCUCCCAAAUGCCGACAAACUUCUACGAUAUCGAACGUUUCGCAUAUGAAGAUUUACUGAAGAAGUACGAAAAAAUACAAGAUGACCGCCAAGUGCCCGCCACUGAAAGGCUACGUAUACCCAAGUUUUACGGUUAUAAUGCUAAACUUUAUGAAGAAACCAUUGUCCUUGAAGAUCUAUCAGCGCAAGGUUUCACUACGUACGAUAGACUAAAGUCAAUAGAUUGGGACUACGCAUCAAAAUCAGUGGAGGCUUUAGCGAAGUUCCAUGCUCUGUCUAUAGCUUAUAAGGAGGAGUAUCCAGAAGAAUAUGAGAAGUAUCUAGACACAAUGAAAUUUCAAGAAGAAGCAUUCAUUGCAUUCAUGGACUCAACGUUUGAUAAGCUAAAGGAGACAGCCUUGAGUGUAACUUUGGAAGUCAAUAAAAGUAAAUUGAAAAAAUAUUUGGACGAGAAUGUCAACGCGAAGACCAUGGUACAGUUUUAUUUGACAGACCGCCGAAAGAUUCUCUGUCAUGGUGAUUAUAGACCGAGCAACUUAAUGCAUAGAGUGAAUGAGAAUGGUGAACUGGAAGUGAUACCUGUAGACUUCCAAACUAUACAAGGCACUACCCCGCUAAUAGACUUGUUCUACUAUAUCUUCGCGGGAUCAGAUGAGAACUUCCGCCGGCGACAUUUCUGGGAUCUGGUCGACCAUUACUACCGGGAGUUGUGCAGCGCACUUGAAAAUGUGGGUCUAGACCCUCGCAAGGUGUACCCGGAGGACGAGUUCGAUCGGGAGGUUAAAGAGUUUCUACCAUAUGGACUUCUUAUUGGAAUAUUCACCCUUCCCAUCAUCACGGUGGACACUGAGGAUGCACCUUCCAUGGACGGCGAAAACGACAUGUCCAGUUUUUUUAACAUGAAAACCAGCUCGUUAUUUCCGGAAAGGUUAAAUGGUAUAAUCAACGAUUACAUCAGAUGGGGUGUUAUAUAA